AUGGAAUUGGAUAAAAUGGAAUAUGGUAUAUGGAAUUUUCAUGGUGGUCUAUGGCCAACCAAUAAUUUAACAACAUUUAAUGGUACAACAUUAACGCCAAUUACCGCAGCAACAUUACCAACAAAUACGGCGAGCUUUGCAAUAACUGCUGGAUUAUUAAAUCCAAUAAUUAGUGCAGCAGCUGCAUGUAAUUUAAAUGUAUUUGAUACAACUGCAACUGAUAAUAUAAUCAAUAGUAGUAUUGAUGAGCAAAAUUCAAACGAUACAAAUAGUUCAAAAUUUUCUGAGCAAAAUAAUAAUAAUAACGAUAAUGAGAAUGAAUAUGAUAAUGAGGAUGAUGAUGAUGAUGAUGAGGCAACUGAUAAUGAAGCAACUGAUGAAAAUGAUGCAACUGGUGCAACUGAUAAUGUGAAUUUAGUGAAUUCAACAAAUUCAUCGGAGCUUAUUGCUAGUGAUUUAUCAUCAAAUUCAUAUGAUGAUAAUGCUACCGAUAAUACGAUUAAAAUUAAUAAUAAUAAUCAAAUACAUGGGUUUUUUGCACAACAAUACGCACCGGUUUAUAAUUUAGUUUUGGGACAUUUUAAUAAUAAUCCAACAACAAUUAGUGUAUCAGAAACGACGGAUGAAUCAAGUGAAGAUGAAAAUACUAAUGCGAUAAGUACCAAUGAAAAUUUUACGUCCACUGAUAAUGAUAAUUAUACAAAGCAAAUAUUAAAUGAUCAACAACCGUCCACAAUUACAACAUCAACAAAUACAACAAUUAUCUCUGCUGCAACGGUAGAUAAUCAACAAUUAUUAGCCAUCAACAAUAAAGACGAGAUACACAAGUGUCCUGUUGCUGGAUGUGAAUAUAAAACUGUACAUAUUGAAAUAUUAGAGCAACAUGUUGCAACGCAUAGUGAAAAAAUGAGUAAAAGUAAAAAAAUUACAAAUAUGCAACGAAUUAGAUAUGAGCGUGAAGAAUACCAUUGUUCAAUGUGUACGUAUACCUGUACGACCGAAAAAGCAUAUUUACGUCAUUUACGGAUGCAUUCUUUAGGCGAAACACCACAAGGUCGUCUAUCAUGUGCUGUAUGUGGACGUGAUCGAAUUGGUGAAACAGCCUUGGCCAAACAUAUGAGAAAACAUCGUGAUGAUCGAUUUUUUUGUUGUGAUAUUUGUGUUUUUCGUACGGUACAAUUGAAAAAGUUAAUUCAACAUCGAAGAAUGCACACAGGAGAAAAACCUCAUCUAUGUCCACAUUGCGCAUAUCGAUCAGCUAGACGUGAUAAUUUACGCUCACAUGUACGACGGGUUCAUAAACGUGAUAAUUUAUGGUGUGAUACAUUUAGUCCUAGAGGAAUGCUAUUGACUCCAUCAACUUCAAAAACAAUUCAGAAGGAUUCAGAAUUAUCGUCUGAAACUACACCUAAAAAUAUGGAAAAAUAA